UUCCAAUUUACAAGCCACGUCCAAAUAAACAACAAAAUAGCUCGGGUUGGGCGAAUGGGCGGUGCUUUUGUUUCGACAAUCUCAUUUCUCACACAAUCAACACACACACAAAAAUACACACAUCUUUCUUGUUUUCUUGCUUUUCGAACGAAACAUGUUUAUAAACUAAUCCCCAAUUCGUUCUUUCGAUUACUUCAAUAACAUGGACUCUUGAAAGUCAUGUUCUUUCCAUACUCUGUUUUCGUAAAGUAAAACAGAGUCAGAAUUCCGUGUCCAGUUUCACCACUCAAAUAUAAUAGAAAUUUUCUGUUUCUGAUAUGAGUGUGUUUUUUUAAUCCAUAAAUCCAGAAGUGAGAGAAAAGAAUUCUAUAAUUGUCGGGUUUGUGGCCUAUAUCUGCAUCUGAAUGGAUAUUGGAUAUUUCUUGAGUAUCUAUAUCUAAAACCUAGAAAAAGGAGUGGGGAUCUUGCAUGAUACCAAAAGGGUUUCUCCGAUUUGAUUCUUUUUUUGUUUUAAAUCAAUUAGAUUCUGUCGGGUAAGGCGGGAUGGAUUUCUGGCCGGAAUUUCUCGCAAGCAGUUGGGGUAAGGAAUUUGUCGCCGGAGGAUUCGGUGGAAUCGCCGGAAUCAUGGCUGGAUACCCACUUGACAGUAUCAGAGUCCGGCAACAAAGCUCCCCUUCCGGCUCUGCUCUUCGCAUUCUCCGGCAGGUUGCUACUACUGAAGGUCCUCUUGCCCUUUACAGAGGCAUGACUGCUCCCCUUGCCUCCGUCACCUUCCAGAACGCGAUGGUUUUCCAAAUCUACGCCAUAUUAUCGCGAGCAUUUGACUCAUCAAAUUCCUCCACCGACCCCCCAUCUUACAAAGGCGUAGCCCUAGGAGGUAUCGGAGCCGGAGCAAUCCAAAGCAUAAUGCUCUCCCCAAUCGAAUUAAUCAAGAUCCGACUUCAACUCCAAACCCAAUCAGAAAAAGGUCCCUUAAGUGUCGCGAAAAACAUAAUAAAAACAGAAAGUUGGCGUGGACUCUAUAGAGGCUUAACAAUCACAGCCUUAAGAGAUGCACCUUCACAUGGUUUCUAUUUCUGGACAUACGAAUUCAUGAGAGAACAACUUCAUCCUGGGUGUAGAAAAAGUGGCCAAGAAAGCUUCAACACCAUGCUUGUUGCAGGUGGACUUGCGGGUGUUGCUAGUUGGGUUUGUUGUUAUCCUUUAGAUGUUAUUAAAACUAGACUUCAAGCGCAAACACCAAAUUCAAAAGUGAAGUAUAAUGGAAUUGUGGAUUGUUUUCAAAAAAGUGUUAGAAAUGAUGGGUAUAGUGUGUUGUUUAGAGGACUUGGAACUGCUGUUUCUAGAGCUUUUGUUGUUAAUGGUGCUAUCUUUACAGCUUAUGAAACUGCAUUACGGGUGUUUUUCAACAAUGGUGAUGGUAAUACGAUUGAUAAGCAAGAAACCCUUCAAGCAGAUAAUGCUAUUUGAGCAAGUUAGACUAAAAGAAUUCAGAAACAACACAUUCUGAAGCAAUGUAGCUCAGAAAUCGGAAGUGGGAUAUGUAAAGAUGUUUUAAACUUUUAAUCGUAGUCAUGUAAAGAAUUCAAGAAAGGGUUGCAAUUUAUUUUGUUAUCACAACUUUUCUUGUUAUAUCAUAUUAAAAGUUUUGAUUUUUAAAUUCAGUAACUAGUAACUACCUCCGUUGUCUCUAAGAUUGAGCCCUGUUAACAUAUGAACAUCAUUGUAGUUUCUAACAGCCUGCACAAUAGAUCGAACUUGUUUGUAAGGAUCUGAAGAGUUGAAAAUUUCAGAAUCAAUGAAGACUCCAUCGCAGCCCAAUUGCAUCAUGAGAGCAGCAUCUGCAGGCGUGACAAUACCUCCAGAAGCAAAAUGGACUACAGGAAGCCUACCCAGUUGCUUGGUUUGUGCAACAAUGUCGUAAGAUCCAGAUUGAUCUCCUUGAGUUCUAAU